AUGCACACUGGCGAUUGGCGAUGCCCGAAGUGCAACGACCACCAGUUUGCGAGGAAUGAGCGCUGCCGCAGCUGCGGAGAGGCUAGGCCGAGCGCAUCUUGGCUGGGCACCGCUGUGGGCUUGGCACCGCCGUGCUACUGGACCUCCAAAGAGGGCGAUGGGCCACCUUGGCGGAUUGUGCCGGCUGAUGCUGCAGAGAUCGAAGCCCUGAGACUAGCGAUGGAUCCAGGUGGGAGCCUGGGCGGGCGGGAUCAGCGCGCCGCCGGCAAGCACCAAGGAUUCCAACUCCACGGAGCAUGGCGCCUCCAGCAUCCAGGACUCUGGGGCAAAUAUGCCAUGGAGCGGGAAAAUCUGCGCCAGAUUGACAUGAAGUCGAUUUCGUCGGCCGUGCCAUCGGUGCAGCUGCGCCGUCAGUAUGUGGAGAUGGCCGAGAAGCUUCCAGCCGCGCUGUUCACCGAUGUCAACGAGGUCUUCCUCUCCCAUGGCACAGUGCCAGACAACAGCUUGAAUGGCGUGCUCCCUAUCUUGAGUGGUGGCCUGAAUGAGCGCUUCAGCGGCGGCCUCUUCGGCAACGGAACCUACCUCGCUGAGGAUAUUGGCAAGAAUGAUCAGUACUGCAGGGCUCAUUUUCCUGGGCAGCACCCGGAGUUGGAGAAGCUGCUGUACGGCGAUUCUGGAAUCAGCCAUCCAGGCGAUGUCUUCUACAUGUUCAUGUGUCGAACUCUGCUGGGUUACAGCAUCCGUACGAGAGACGGCAGGUCGGAUGUGGACAACAAAGGUCGCAGCAUCUGGUCUUCUGAGAAACGCGAGCUCGCAGCUAUACCGAGUUCAAGCCCGCCGGUACUUCACCACAGUCUGGUUGCAGAGACCGGUGGAGUCAUAGCUCGGUACCGCGAAUUCAUGGUCUUCCAUGGCUCCAGGAUAUAUCCUGAGUAUCUGGUGGCCUACUUGCGCACCUAG